ACUGCCUUCCCUUAUCCUCGGGGCGGGAGAGGACCCGGGACCCGAGCGGGAGGAGGGCGGCAUCGCAGAGGGCCCUGGACCCCAGCUUUGGGAGAUACCGGGAUAGUGGAGGGGUAGGAGGCCAGACUGCUCCGUCGUGGGUGGGGUCCUCGCGUGGGGGAGGGCGUGGGGUUUCGCGCACCCUUCUCUGUCGCUCCGGUUGCACCGAAAUAUGUUUUUCGCGAGCGGGAGGAUGGGGCCGCGCUGCGGGACGGCGAAGUUUGUGUGGCCCGCGGCGAGAAGGGGUGCGGCAGGGGCUCACUAGGAGGCCGGUUGUAACUAGCCCGUAGUCCCGAGUUUGCCAGAACCCCUUUCCUAAGCCUAAAGGAGAGAAGGGGAGGGGAGAGAAAGAGGAGAGCCACACGACAUUGCCCUUCUUUAGAUUUGCCAUCAAAACCACUGUAACUCUGCAAAGCCCCCAAAUCUCCGGAUCUUGGGGACCAAACUUCACAUUCUUACUGAACAGUUAAGGUAGGAGCCAGCCAAAGGUCCAGGCCAAGGUGAUUCCCUCUCGGUGGAGGAAUUGAGGAGUAGAGGGUGGGGGACGACGACGAGGACACUACAUACACAAUUUCUUUACUGGCUAGAAUCGUGCAGUACUUUAGGAGAGAGAGAGAAAGAGAUGGAGAGAGAGAGAGAGAGAGAGAGAGAGAGAGAGAGAGAGAGAGAGAGAGAGAGACUUUUGGAGAGAGCAGUGUUAGAAAAAGGCUUUAUCUAACCGGUGAAGCGUCCAUCAACUCAAAGUUAAAAAUUAAUUUGGCACUCGGUACUGCAGUAACUGGUGUGCUGCCAUAUUUUUCCAAUUAAGAAAAUAUGUGGCAUGCGUAGAAUCACAAAUUUAAGCAAGCAAUUAACUUGUUUAUAACACGGUCUGUUCCUGUUUAGGCCAUUAAGUGGAAAGUUGGGGGCGAAAGAGACAUUAUAUUAAGUCUAUUAAUCAACUUGAAAUUUGGAUUUGUUUUCCUUUGAAGCCCCUAAACUUUGAGGGGAAUCCACUCUGGGGGUGACAACAGACAAAGCCAGUCCACCUUCCCAUCUGAAGAAUAUAUGUUCCUGUUUAAAUUUUACUAAGAUGUUAGUGAGAUUGUCCUAGUAAUGUUUUCUAUUAAAUUGACCCCUAAUGUUUGCUGUGACCUUAUCUACUUCCUUCCCGGAGGAAGAACAAACGUCCACAAAAUGAACUCUGAGAAGCAGAAAUACAGGCAAUAAAUAAGGUUACUGUAUAGAAUGCCAAGCUGGGGCAAGAUGGGGCGCUUUGCCUUCACCGAGAUCCCGGCCGGCCGUGUUCCCCUAAAUUUAGAACGUGAUAGGGUAAAAUGAUAAAGGGGCCCCCAGAGUAACCCUUCAAGGUUCAUAGCUCUGAGACUCGGGUUACAUAGCCCUGGCAAGCCUGGGUGAGCCAGUUGCUGGGGUUGUUGAUUUCCAAGCUCUGGGCAAGUGUUAAUUUCUUUGUAGCUUGGCUCUUUCGACUUAAUUUUUUCCCCUCUGUGUUGAUCCGGUUCCUGGGUUGGGAGGAAUCAAAAACAGCCUCUACUAUCUAAACUUAGCUUUGACAGUGGACAUCCAUCUCCAAAUCAUGCAGAGGAUGAAGGUUGGGUGGACCUUGUAUUGAUAUGGGCCUGACUUUGACUGUCCUCAUCAUUGCCUUUUGACAUACAUAUAUACCACCCCUCGUGUGGCUCUAUUUGCUCACACUGCCAGAGCUCCUAUCUUUUACAUGGAAGGACAGCAAAGUAGCAACGAAUGUGAGGGGGAAAAUGCAUAUUUUAUUAAACAUCCGAGCGGCUGGAUGCAUGAAAAGGUUUUGAACAGCCAAUAGAAACCGAGGAAUGUUCUGCUUGAACCUGUUGAUCUCAGUGGGUUUAAGCCUUUAGGGUCGAUCCUUGGUUUCCACCGGGGAGGGAGAAGGAGAGGACAGAUGCAGCGGUGGGUUUUGCUGACCACCAGAGUCUGUCUGAUUUGCCGCCUCUACCCUUCUGGCCCAGCGUGGGCGGCCAGUCAUCCAGGCCGCCAACAUGGCGUGGUUGCCUGUGCCAAUCCGACCCGAGUCUGGCAGGGAGCACAGGGACUGCCUAGUUGCUGAUGGAACCAUCCGUAGGGGUCUGGUCCGAGCCCUUGGGUACCCGGGGACGUGGCUUUCGGCGCAGCGCUGUACCAGAAUCUCGUUUUCCUGCUGCAACCUUUCAGCGGGCCCAGUUGUUCCUAAAUUAGACCAGCAAGUUUGCGGGAGGCAAAGGGCCAGAGGCAGCAGAGGCUGGCGGGACAGCGGAACAGCCCUCUGGGGAUAGCUGGCGUGCGAGGCCAUCGCGUGGCCUUGCCGCGCCCUUUAACCGAGACCGGGCUCUGGGAGAGGCCCGCGCAGCGCUUUUGAUUUCCUGUCCCCUGAACUGAAGGAUCGCAAAGACGAUGCGAAAGGGAUGGAGGACGAAGGCCAGACCAAAAUCAAGCAGAGGCGAAGUCGGACCAAUUUUACCCUGGAACAACUCAACGAGCUGGAGAGGCUUUUCGAUGAGACCCACUAUCCAGACGCUUUCAUGCGCGAGGAAUUGAGCCAGCGACUGGGGCUCUCUGAGGCCCGAGUACAGGUUUGGUUUCAAAAUCGAAGAGCUAAGUGUAGAAAACAGGAAAAUCAACUUCACAAAGGUGUCCUUAUAGGAGCCGCUAGCCAGUUUGAAGCUUGUAGAGUUGCACCCUAUGUCAACGUAGGUGCUUUAAGGAUGCCAUUUCAGCAGGAUAGUCAUUGCAACGUGACGCCCUUGUCCUUUCAGGUUCAGGCGCAGCUGCAGCUGGACAGCGCCGUGGCGCACGCGCACCACCACCUGCAUCCGCACCUGGCCGCGCACGCGCCUUACAUGAUGUUCCCGGCACCGCCCUUCGGACUGCCGCUGGCCACGCUGGCCGCGGACUCGGCCUCGGCCGCCUCGGUGGUGGCCGCUGCCGCCGCCGCCAAGACCACCAGCAAGAACUCCAGCAUCGCGGAUCUCAGACUGAAAGCUAAAAAGCACGCGGCCGCCCUGGGUCUGUGACGCCGGCGCCAGCGCCACGGUCGGUGGAGCCUCCUAAGCGGCGCGAUCCUGCACGCCCUCCGCGACCGGCUUCUCCCGCACCCGCUUCUGACCGUCGCCCAGGCCUGUCCCUUCCCCGCUGACUGCCGCCUUUUCUUUCUGCACCCUGGAUCCCCAGGGCGGGACUCUGCGCUGGACCCGGGAUCCCACGAGGGCCACCAGCCCAGGGGCUCCUGCCCACCCGCCCUUGGGACUAAAAUUCGGCUUUGUAGGAGCGGGUUUGGGGAAGUCUGGAUAGAGACUGGACAAAGGAGUGUGGCCACAGUGAGAAGUGGAUAGCGCCACAGCUGCGGCGAUGGACUCGUUCAUAGGAAUAAAAUCUUGCUAACAGCAAAUGAGCAAAAACAAAAAAGAAUAGAGAACAAACUAGAAAGAAAACGAGAAAGGGAGCUUGUUUCAUAUUGCUAUUUGGCUGGAAUUAGAGAGAGAACGACGAAGCAAAAACAAUUCUUAAAAUUAUUUUGUACAUAAAAAUACGGAAAAAUAACCUGGAUGAAUCUUGAGAGAAAGGGGGAGGGAGGGAUUUACCAACUAAAAUGUAUGUUUUUUUUUUAAUGGUCCAAGAAAACAAAACAGAAGGAAGAGGUAUACUUAUUUAAAGAAUUAAGAUGGAAAAAAAGCGCAGCUGGGAAGUUCACAGGUUUUGAAGCUGACCUUUUUCUGCGAAGUUCACUUUAAUAGGAGACAUUUGAUAAGAGAGGCGGGCCUCCUUUUACGUUGAAUCUGAUGCUUUGAGUUUUAAAACACCAUGUAUGGAAGAGCAAGAAGAGGGAAGACAGUGUGAAAACGAGGAGGGAAAAAAGGACGUUCAUACAAAAAAGAAAGAAAAGAAAAGAAAAAGCGAUACCACAGACAGUGAUUCCUCUGAGAAAUUUACAUUAUGGCAGAACUGUCCAGACUGCUGACAGUCAAUUCUGGUUUGCAUGUUACUAGUAUUCCAUUGAUGGUGUCCCCUCCCCUCCCACUCUCACGUGCACUCACUACACUUUCAUUCUCAGUAUGAAAAGCGUCUGGAAAUUGAUGUGAAUCCAUAUAUAAUUUGUCCGGCCUUUGAUCCCAAGGGGCAAAGGGAAAAAAAAAGUGUCAUAAGGGAGUAAAAUACACUCUGAGUCUUCCAAGAACACGGAGGCUGUUAGGAAAUAUGGGCAAAGAAAAGAGAAGAGCAAAUGAAGUCACGAAGGUACACUGCAGGGCAUCGUGAUAGGCGCUUUAUCUGUUCUCUACCUUUUCGUGAAUUCCCUCUUGCUAGUUUAAGUCCUAUUUGAGGACAAUGCUUUAUUCCCACCCCACCCCUCCUCUCUAUCCUGUCAAAUUCACCUUAAACGAUACCCAGCUAGGUACAGACACUAGGUUUGUGUAUAAUAUGUUGAUAAACACGAACAAAGUUUAUUUUGGCUAUAAUGUGUGAACUAAUGGUUGACUUUCAACAUUUGCAUUUUAUCUCACAAAAGUGUAUCUAUUCAAGUAAUCUUUGUUUUUGUUUCAAUUCAUGUAGCUAUUUAAACAGGGAUACCUUGGGCUAAGCAACCUGUAGCCCCAAUUCUCUAGCAAGCCUCUUUAGAACCCCCUUUAAUUUACAUGAAAGAGGAAAAGCUCUUCUUACUGAACUUUGGUAUGCGUUUGAGCUUUGUAACUAUUUGUUCUCCAUGAAAACAAAAUUAUUUAUAUUUGCCAUAUUUUUUCUAGUGUAUUAAGUUAUUUUAAACGAAAGAAGAUGCUGUUAUGACGUGUUGUCAGUACAAAAUGUUUCAGCUCCACUUCUGUUAAACCUUUUAAAUAAGUGCCAAGUUAUUAACCUAAGACAAUUGAAUGAAAAUAGUAUUGUUUCAUUUGAUGGGGUGCGCGUCAUCUUUGUUCUUGUUACUAUUAAAAUAUCCGGGAUACUCUU